GCCGAAGCUGAGGAAAGUGUCGCGAGAGCUGGUUGCCUUGGCUCCCUGUAGCUAUAGCAGCCGCGGCGGUUCAGGAUGCGGCGGCAGGAGCACUCUCCAGCACAGCUGGCUAUUCUGGUUCCAGAAGAAAAGAGAAGAGACUUUCUGAAGGUCUGAUUGAGACAAUAGAAGAGUUUGGGGGCAUAUUAAAAAGAAGCAGGAAAGACCAUCGACAGCAACAGCAGCAACAACAGUAACCCUGGAUAAUCCAAGCAAACUUCUUGCCUUUGUGGGAUUUCUGUCAACUCUUCGGAACUUGAGUUCCAGAGAAUGAUGGGACAAGGUAUUAGAGGCAAAGAAGGUUAAGCUGGAUUCUUGUUUAUGUGUCUACCUCUUCUAGUUGGAAAAAUCUUCACUUCAUAGGACGCAUUAUGAACAACACUGAAGAACAUGUUUUACCUUGAUCGUGGAUGCUAUUGGAGUUGAGGAUUCCAUCCAUUUCACUAGGACUUUUGGAGAGUUAUUUUGAAAAACAGAAGGAAGCUGAACUUGAGCACUUCUCUAUCCUGUGUUAUGCUGUGUCACAUUCUGACUGGAGUAAGUGAGGGACAGUGCUGGAUCUAAGAGAGUGUCUGAAUUUCUUGUGCUGAUUAUAUGUUGUUUGGAAGGUUAUAAACUCAAAAUCUUUCAAGAUAAACUCACUGAGUUUUGGAUUCUCUUUCUUUGAGGACUUCAGCAGAUGAAUAUUCCCUGCCAAAAAGAUACAAAGCCUUCUUUGUGUUUUCAGGCUAAAUCUGAACAAUAAUGUCUUGGAAAAGAAAUUAUUUUUCAGGAGGCCGUGGUACUGUUCAAGGGAUGUUUGCUCCUCGAAGCUCAACUUCCAUAGCCCCAAGCAAAGGCCUCAGCAAUGAGCCUGGGCAAAACAGCUGCUUCCUCAACAGUGCACUACAGGUUUUGUGGCACUUGGACAUCUUCCGACGCAGUUUUAGGCAACUUACGACUCACAAGUGCAUGGGAGAUUCCUGCAUCUUUUGUGCUCUCAAGGGAAUCUUUAACCAGUUUCAGUGCAGUAGUGAGAAAGUCCUUCCAUCUGACACUCUCCGCAGUGCUCUGGCAAAGACUUUUCAGGAUGAACAGCGUUUCCAGCUGGGAAUUAUGGAUGAUGCUGCAGAGUGCUUUGAAAAUCUCCUUAUGAGAAUUCACUUCCACAUUGCUGAUGAAACCAAAGAAGAUAUAUGUACUGCCCAACACUGCAUUUCCCACCAGAAAUUUGCAAUGACAUUGUUUGAACAGUGUGUGUGUACUAGCUGUGGCGCUACUUCUGAUCCACUGCCUUUUAUCCAGAUGGUGCAUUACAUCUCCACCACUUCUCUUUGCAAUCAGGCUAUUUGUAUGCUAGAAAGAAGAGAAAAACCUUCGCCAAGCAUGUUUGGUGAGCUGCUGCAGAAUGCCAGUACCAUGGGGGAUCUGCGGAACUGUCCGAGCAACUGUGGAGAGCGGAUCCGGAUUCGACGUGUGCUGAUGAAUGCUCCACAAAUUAUCACAAUCGGCCUGGUAUGGGACUCUGACCAUUCAGACUUGGCAGAAGAUGUCAUUCACAGUCUUGGUACCUGCCUUAAGCUGGGUGAUCUGUUUUACAGAGUAACAGAUGACCGGGCCAAGCAGUCUGAACUGUAUUUAGUAGGAAUGAUAUGUUACUAUGGCAAACAUUAUUCUACAUUCUUUUUUCAAACAAAGGUCCGCAAAUGGAUGUAUUUUGAUGAUGCUCAUGUUAAGGAGAUUGGGCCCAAAUGGAAGGAUGUCGUGACCAAAUGCAUUAAGGGGCAUUACCAACCCUUGCUGCUGCUUUAUGCAGAUCCCCAGGGUACCCCAGUAUCUACCCAGGACCUGCCUCCCCAGCCUCAGUUCCAGCCAUACAGCAGGACAUGCUAUGAUAGUGAAGAUUCAGGGAGGGAGCCCUCAAUUUCAAGUGACACUCGGACAGAUUCAUCAACGGAGAGCUAUCCUUACAAACAUUACCACCAUGAGUCUGUGGUCAGUCACUUCUCUUCUGAUUCUCAGGGAACAGUCAUCUAUAAUAUGGAGAAUGAUUCCAUGUCCCAGAGCAGUUGGGACACAGGACAUCUGACUGACAGUGAGUGUAAUCAGAAACACACAUCCAAGAAAGGGUCCUUGAUAGAGCGCAAGAGGAGUUCUGGCCGUAUUAAGAAGAAAGGUGAUGAGCCACAGGCUUCUGGAUACCACAGUGAAGGAGAAACACUGAAAGAGAAACAGGCUCCAAGGAAUACAUCUAAACCAUCCAGCAGCACCAACAGGCUAAAGGAUUUUAAAGAGACAGUCAGCAAUAUGAUCCAUAACAGACCAUCCUUGACUUCUCAGACCAAUGUAGGAUCUUCCUGUGGGGGGAAGGGAGGAGACCAGCCUGACAAAAAACCUCCUAAGAGCCUGCCUUUAAACUCUCGUGAUUGGGAAAUAGAGAGUACCAGCAGUGAGUCAAAAUCCAGUUCUUCUAGCAAGUACCGUCCAACAUGGAGACCCAAACGAGAGUCAUUGAAUAUUGAUAGUAUUUUUAGUAGGGACAAAAGGAAGCACUGUGGCUAUACACAGCUUAGCCCCUUUUCUGAGGAUUCAGCUAAAGAAUUUACAUCAGAUGAACUAAGCAAGCCUCCUACUUAUGACAUUAAAGCUGGUAGACCAAGCCCCAAAUAUAAGCCCUGGGGUCCAGCACGGCCAGGCUCUCAACUUUUAGAGCAGCACCCUCGUCUAAUCCAGCGAAUGGAAUCUGGCUAUGAGAGCAGUGAGAGGAACAGCAGCAGUCCCGUCAGCCUGGAUGUAGCCCUCCCUGAGAGCUCCAAUACCUGCAGGGAUCCAAGUGCUAAGAAAUCAACAGGAUUUGUUCCUUCUUGGCGUCAUAUCCCAAAGUCUCACAGCAGUAGUAUCCUGGAAGUGGACUCCACAGCAUCCAUGAGUAGCUGGACAAAGACUCAACCCCUCUUGGGUAGGGAGGUAACUUCUAAAAGUGAACUGGAUGAAUUGCAGGAAGAGGUGGCCAGGAGGGCGCAGGAACAGGAACUUCGAAGAAAACGAGAAAAAGAAUUAGAAGCUGCUAAAGGGUUUAACCCUCAUCCCAGCCGCUUCAUGGACUUGGAUGAACUGCAAAAUCAGGGGAGGAGUGACGGCUUUGAGAGGUCCCUGCAAGAGGCAAACUCAGUGUUUGAAGAGUCGCUGCAUCUGGAACAAAAGGGAGACUGUGCUGCAGCUUUGGCUCUCUGUAACGAAGCUAUCUCUAAACUAAGACUUGCCCUGCAUGGUGCCAGCUCUAGCACGCACAGCAGAGCCCUAGUCGAUAAGAAGUUGCAAAUCAGUAUUCGAAAAGCACGGAGCCUACAAGAUCGCAUGCAGCAGCAGCAAUCAUCGCAGCAGCCGUCGCAGCCCUCAGCCUGCCUCCCAUCACAAGGGGGGGCCCUCCCUCAGCCAACAAGUGAACAGCCUAUCCCGCUCCAAGUACUGUUAAGCCAAGACACCCAACUGGAACCCUGCACAGAUACAGAGUUUGGGGCCAGUUCUUCUCACUUCCACUCACCUGCUUCCUACCAUGAGUCACACUCAUCACUGUUCCCAGAGUCACCUGCCCCAUCUGCCCCACAGCCCAAUUCCCCCAGCACAUCUGCCUCAAAGCUUCUGACUUCACUUGAGGUGGACAGCAUUGACUCCUCUGAAUUCCACAGACAGAGUAUACCUAAAACACCAGGGAGGACUGAGAAUUCUCAGUAUGAUUGUCUGCCAUUGGAUGCCCUAGAGGGUAAGCUGCAAGGCCAUAUGGAUGACAACAGCUGCAGCAGAUUCCCUCCACAAGAAGGGAGGGGCAUUGCUCAAGAAGAGUGCCAUGGAAAAAGGGAUCCUUCUGAUCCAUCCCUUAUGAUGGCUUGGUCAUAUCCAACAGGAAAAGCUAUCUUGGAGAGAGGAGAUACACACUGUCUUGGCUCUAGUUUUUCAAGUUCAUCAGCUCAGCCCAGCUUUCCCCUGUAUAGGAUUUCCCACCCCAUAAUGCCUACUGCUUCUUCGUCUGUGCUUCACUCUCCUGAUCUUGUGGAGAAAACUAACCAACACCUCCAAACUCAAAGCCUUCAAAAUUCAUUGACUUCCAAAAUGGACAGAGGCAGUGAGGAACUCUACAGGCCAGAAUUUCCCAGCACAAAGGGACUUGUUUACUCCCUGGCAGAACAGAGGAUGCAGGGUGUCUCCUUGAGGGAUGCUACUGGUUCCCAGGACAGAAGUUUGCCAAAUAGCCUAGGGAAACACUGUUCUUCUGACAUUAAGCCUUCUUUCCCACAGGGUCAAGGAAAAGGUCACUGUCCUUGGGAAAAACAGCAACCAUGCCUGGAUGGUAGGGACAGAUUGCCUUCCUGGGAAGAGCCUGCUGACCAUGCUUUUCUUGCCAUGGACUCUGUGUUGCCUAAUGGUUUAACUUCUAGGGGAGGAGAGUCCAGGUUGGCAGAACCAGCUGUACAUCAAGGAAAGCGAUCCCAUGUAAGAGAUGCUAGGCCUAAGGAGCUGGGUAGUAGGAUCAACUUAGGGACUUCUUUGCCUUUGGAUUUCUGGGUGAAUGUCACAAGGCUCUGUGAUUCUCAACUUAAACAUGGGGUAUCUGGGCCAGGAGUGAAGUCCUCUCCCCAUGAUCCCCAUACCUGUGUAAUCUAUCCAGAGAGAAAUCAUAUCCUUUUGCAUCCACAUUGGAACCAAGAUACAGAGCAGGAGACCUCUGAAUUGGAGUCUCUCUACCAGGCCAGUCUUCAGGCUUCUCAAGCCUGUCCUGGAUGGGGGCAGCGAAAUGUGGCCUGGCAGCCACUUAGCCAAACAGGUAAGGAUGCAUCCAGGGGUUGGGCAGAGUGGGAGGAUAUUAAAAAAAAACCUAAAGGCAGAAGGACAAGAUAAAAGGAGUAGUAUGCUAUACAGGUAACAUGCACAGAGGUGGAAUGACAGCCAUUGUAUUUACCAAAAAAUAGUAAAAUUAACUGAUUUUUAAUAUGUAUAGUGGCAAUAUCAUACAUCAGAUAUUAGGACCAAAAUACAAAUUAGCCAUGGACAUAAAUAUCAAAUGUAGGUCAAGGGCAUUAACAUUUUCAGAAUGAAGCGCUUAAUUAGUUGGAUUGGGAACAGCUCCUUGGGAGUCUCAUAAUCCACUUUAGAGCAGCAGCACUGGUUGUUUAGAAUUUAAGCGUUUGAGAGAAGCUGGGGUCAUGGGGGAUAAAAGAAUUUUCACAUGUCAUGUAUUCCUGAAGAGCUCCUGCUCAGUGAUAGGAGGGUACCAGGUGAGAUAAUAAAAGACAACUGCUAAAAUUGAGAGGCUUGAAAUUUAAUCCUAGUUUAACUACUAACUACCUAUCAGACUCUAGAACUCAUUUUCCUGUUGUAUGAGGAGGCUUGAUAGGUGAUUACCAUGAUCUUUUCAAUUCUAAACUAGAUUGGAAAUAAUAGUUUCCUUUGUCAUCACAGAUUCUCUAGAAAAUCACUAUGUCAGAUAAUUUCUUCACUAUAAUAUUACAGAUCUUAGACCCAACUCUGAUAGCUGAUGAUGUUUAUAAAAAAGAAAUGAAAUUAGACAAGGACAUUCAGCUGCCUAUUCACAAGGCUGCUUUUCUACAAAGAAAAUCAAGGGCUGUGACUGUCACCCUUCUGACCUAGAGUAGUCUAUUAAUAUUCUGGAAAUACUCUUUUCUGAGUUCCAAGAGAAUAUUGCCAUUAUAUUCAGGGAUACCUAUCUGUUACUCAUUAAAACAAGAGCUUCUGGGCUGGCCAGAUAGUUCAGUAGACCUGCUUAGGCAGAGCGCAGGGACAG